AUGACUUGUGGAUUAGUAAGGAUAAGACUGGCUCGCUUUGGUAGAAAAAAUGCACCACUUUAUAACAUAGUGGUAACGACUAAAAAGAAAGCAAGAGAUGCCAAACCCUUGGAAGUAUUAGGGACAUAUAAUCCAAUUCCUAAGAUUAUUACACCAUAUGAACGAAAAAGAGGUAUAUUGCCUACCAAGGAUGUAGAAUUAGAUUUUAGUAGGGCAAAAUAUUGGAUUGGUGUUGGUGCUCAACCUACUGAGACUGUUACUAAAUUAUUGAAAAAAUGUGGGAUAUUAAGUGAAGAAUGGGGGAAGCAAUAUACUGCUAGUCCAAGGAAGAUUAUUGAAGAAAGGCGAGAAAUCAUUGAGUAG